CUGAAGUGGCCAGCGCUCACACUACAAGCCUGAAUGGCGAGGAGGAGGAGGGAGCAAUUGGUGGGGAGGUGAUUCCCUACAAGAAGCUGGUGCAGAGUCUGGAGAAGGCCGUCAAUAGAUUCCAGGAUGGAUCAUGCAGCAACUGUGCCUCUCUCUCUUGGUGAGUGACCCCAUCGAGCCACCACCCAAGGAAGCCCCUCCAAAGGCCACAGAGGAGGAAGGCAGUGUUGUCAUUCUGGAUGCUAAGCUGUUCUACAAGCAGCAGGAGAAGGAGGUGGCAGAGAAGAUCAAGGAGAGCCUGGCAGUGACUGAGUAUGCCAAGCCAUCCAGUGCAUUGGUGCUGAGUGGUGUGUCCAGCAGUGUGGUGCAGGACACAGUGUUUGAAAUGCAGCUGUCCUUUACUGUGCUGGAUACAGAGGGUACACCCACCAGUGACCUGGGCCACAAGAGUGAUCCCUGGCAGGUCACAGCAAGUCUCUUGGGAGGUCCGCCAGGUGCCAUCCUCAUGGGCACCACAACAGUUCCCAACAGGAAUGGCACUGCCAUCUUCACCAACCUGUCUGUCAGCAAGCCCGGGGAAGGCUACAACCUCACUUUCACCAUCACCUACCCCAGCUAUGCUCCAGCCCUCACCACCACCCUGGAGGGGACCUUCAGCUUGACAAAGAUGAGUGCAGCAAUGGUCCUGCAGCAGCCCAGCAUAGUGCAGGCCGGACAACCCACCACCAUCACUGUUCACUUUGUUGACAAGGACUCUGGCUUGGUUUUUAAUGGCCUGGCUUUCAAGGACUGGUGGUGUAUCCCUCACAUCUGGUCAUCAAGGAGUACCCCAUGGUCAAGUCCUUGCACACCGAUCUGUUCUGAUGGAAGCAGUUGGAGGGUGUGGAGGAUGUGGAUCUAUUUACCCAAGAACAACUUGUCAACAAUUCCUGUAGAUGUCGUCAUCAGUGAGGUCAGUGUUAGAUACCAACUUGCUGCUCAGGUGUCUGUUGUACCUGCUGGUUGGCAUCUCCACUUUGUCUCUCCUGGUGCUGACAGAUUAGCAGCAGGAGUGGGAACUGCAGUGGCUGUAACUCAUAUGACUUCACUGGUACCAAUCCAGACCACCUGGCUUCCCCAGGGACAGGCUUGUGUCACCCUGACCUUACCUCUACCUAUACAUCUACCACUGCACUACAUUUGGAAUCUGGUUGAGUACAUGUACUCAGACCCAAGCCUGAUGUGCUUGGUGGUGUAUCCUGAAAAUUUGGAGAUCCAGGAGAACUCUGUCACCAAGAACAUGCAAAUGAAUGUCAUUGGGUGGCUGAUGGCAGCUCCUCAAGUGAACCCAGAGAUCACUGGGCUAAAGUACAGCAAGAUGAGUGCCUUGGAGAAGCUUGUGCCUUGAGUUGAAGGCUGCAGUCACCAUCAGAAAAGAGCAAAGCUGCAACAAGUCAUCCAAGUACUUUGUCAAGGUUUAUGUUGAAGGCAACCUCCUGCACUGCUCUCAGGAGAACAGUGGGACUCAUGACCGCCUCCAGACCCACAGAGGAUUGGAAGGCAUAAAUUCAAUCUUGGAUAACUAUUGACAUUUAAAACUGGUGACUCCACUUGUCAGAUUGUAGGUGGGAAAGUUUUAGGGUUGAUUGAUGGGAACAUUGUUGAUCUAAAUUCUUUUUUUGGUAAAGUACUGUAAAUCACUUGCAUGUGAAGUUUCAAAUGGAUGAAAUAGCAUGAAUGGUUUUGUAGUUGAAUUGUUCUUUGUAGCUGGAAAAAAAAAUUAGGGUCGAUUGAUGGGAAAACUAUUGUUCAAAAUCCUUUUAUUGUAAACUAGAUCAUGUACAUAGUUGUGAAAUUUUUUUGGAAAUGAAAUAGCAUGAAUGAUGAUGAUGUUGUUUGUGUUGUACUAUGGGUAAACCAUUGGAAAAAAUGUAGUAGUUAUGAACAAAAUUGGAUUAACUAAACAUCACUGAGGUUGUAGUUGUGAAAUUUUGGUGUAAAUUAAUGUAAACAAUGAAAUACUUUAAUAAUCAUUAAAGUUUUAAUCUUAUAUUAGGAGUCAUUGGAAAUUAGCUAAAAUAAACACCCUUAUAUUAUCUUAACCCUAUAAUGACUAACCAACUUUCCUCUCAAAUCAUAGCAUAGUUUUAACACAAGUAAACAGUGCACAGCUUUGCCAAAUGUUGUCAUAAAUCUGUGUUGGAAAUAUAGUCUUCAUCAAGCAUUA